AAUGGCGGCUCAGAAUUGAACGUUGAAGGCUUUAUAUUCAGCUUCAGCCUUCGUAGGUCUUGGAAUUGGCAGUUUAAAUUGAAGAAGUUUCCGGAAUGCAGUUUAACGUUGAGUAAGUUAAUUUCAUUAUGUUUCGUUUUCUUUGUAGAACAGCAAGAAAAGUAAUUGCUGAUAGGGAUUUUGCUCUGAAUCUCACAACUACUCAACUAGGUUUUUCUCAAAAUAAGAUUUUCCCUCUUAGGUUUCUUUCAUCAUCUUCGCAUGUAGAGAAGAGAUCGUUCAAAACUAAACAAAGUGAACAGGAAGAGUCUUUUACAGUUUCAUACUUGAUAAACUCAUGUGGGUUGUCUUUAAAAUCUGCUGUUUCUGCUUCUAAGUAUCUUCAAUUGAAGAACACUGAAAGAGCGGACUCAGUCCUUAGGUUUCUCAGCAACCAUGGUUUCUCCAAAUCCCAGAUCUCUAAGGUUGUGAGAGGAUGCCCACGAAUCAUUUCAAUUGAUCCUGAAAAGAUACUUUCGCCCAAGCUUGAGUUUUUCCGUUCUAUAGGGGUUUCAAGUAGUGAACUAGCAAUGAUCAUAGCAAAGAGUCCAACAUUGUUAUGUAUGAGUUUAAAGAAUCGUCUUAUCCCCAAUUAUAAUUUCGUCAAGAAUGUUGUGAUUCAUGACGAAAAAAUUGUCACAUUUUUGAAGCGCACGGGACGGGGACUUUUACUGGAUUUAAGGAGUAAAAAAUUUGGUCCAAAUAUAGCUCUUUUGAAAGAUAUUGGUGUGCCUCAAUCUCAAAUUUCUUAUUUGGUGACUAAUAUGCCAGGCGUAGCAUGUUCCAAACAUUCUAAAUUUUGCAAGGUUGUCAAUGAGGUUAAGGAAAUGGGAUUUAAUCCCACCCAAACUAUGUUUGUUAAGGCAGUUGGAGUAAUAAGCCAAUUGAAGGAAUCAGUUUGGGAAUCUAAGUUAGAGGUUUACAGGAGGUGGGGUUGGUCCGAGGAUGAGACUCUCGCUGCUUUUAGAAGGUUUCCUUAUUGUAUGAGAAUAUCUGAGGAGAAGAUUACAAGCGCUAUGGACUUCCUUGUGAAGAAAAUGGGUUGGCUGUCGCGAGAUAUUUCCAAAAUGCCAAUAGUUUGCACAUUCAGCAUAGAGAAGAGGCUUGCCCCGAGGUGUUUGGUUAUUCAGGUUCUGCUCUCCAAAGGAUUAAUCAAAGAAAAUAUGCGUCCAUGCAGUUACUUAUGUCUUGGGCAGAGCAAUUUUAUUAAGAAGUAUGUAACAAAAUUUCAAGAAGAAGUUCCUGGGUUAUCAGAUGUAUAUCAUGGCAAAAUCAAUCCAGUGGAUGCCUCCCCUGGAUUUCAGAGGCAUUUGAAAUAAAACAGUGUUGGAUCUGUAGUUCUUUUACGCUAGGAUGAAUGUUUUGUGAUGAGACCAUCAGAUAUGUGGUAUACAAUAAGAAAUCCAAGGGAGGCAAGUAGGGGACUUUGAGUUGUAAAAAUAAGAUUCCGGUGAGUGAGAUGUUAAAAGCUGAGUGAGGUGUUAAGAAUCAGUUAUUGGGUGGACAGAUGGCAGUAAGGGAUGGGAUAAGGGAAGAAUUCUAUUAGGAGGAAAAGAGAAUUAAAAGGGAGGCAAAAGAGAGGAAGGGAUAUCAGAAAAAUAUAUGGCAAACAGGGGAGGAGGCUGACCCUCAAAGUUCAGCUGGGAUGGGAAUAAUUUAUGUUAACUUUAUUGUUUUUCUUUUAUGUUGAAUUAAGGAUUGACUGAUUCCAAUUCUUGGUUCAGUUUUAUUCCUUAUCUUUGUUAAUAUAUAAAGGUCAGUUUGCAUUUCCGGUUUACUAUUGUCAAUUCUCCAUUUUUAUCGCUUGAAGUACUGGUUCUUUUAUUGUCUGAAUUGUUUGAACACGCGGGGAU